AUGGCAGACAUAUCAGAAGAUCAAGAAGUUAAAGUGGCCAUAGAAACUGCGGAGACGUUUGUUAACACAUACUAUGUAACCAUAAGCAAACCUCACGCCAUUAAAGAAAUUCCCGAUUUCUACGUCAAACCGAAUCCAGAAUCUCCUCUAAAACCGGACAUCAGCCUCAACGGGAAUCUCAUCUCCUCUCCCUCAGAUCUUGAAGCAGUCUUCGAGAAACAGCCACCGAAAACGCAUUAUGAAGUCCAGUCGUUCGACUGCCACGUUCUGAAUCGCAAUUACAAUGUCGGUGUUCCAGAUAAUGUCCUAGAGAUGAACAAACAUGGCAGGAAGAUGAGCAUUAUGGUUACUGUGAGUGGGAGCGUCAGAUAUGGGGAUGGCGCGGACAUCCAGGGUUUCAUGGAUAGUUUGGUGUUGGUGCCAAAUUGGGAGGCAUAUGGGAAACCCCACAAGGGCAAGAGGAGGUGGCUUGUACAAAGUCAGACAUUUCGUCUAGUACUGUGA